CCAUGCAGCUACUGGUCUGGCAGCUAUUCGUUGGUGCUGCUGCCGCGGAACCUGCGAGUGAGGUUCGAUCUUGGUAUGUUAUCAGAUUACGAGAAGUUGUAAGCUCUAUGAGAAUCGGGGGACAGGAUGUUGCGAUGGAGACUCUUACGGCCGUUUUCGCACCUGAUGCUCGCCUGUUGGAGAAGUUCAAGACGGUCUGGGAUGAGGUCUCGUUUGGGCAACAACCAGUAUAAAUAGCUAUAAAUCCCCUCUAAAUAUUGCAUUAUCCUUCUUUUUUCACGAAUUGACAAGAGGAGAUUAAACGGGAAAUUAUUUCCGCAUGAAUUGGUCUGGCAACUCCACUGUCACUCGACGUCACGUGGAGCAGCCCCCAGAUGAGUCAAUAACCAAUGAAGCGAAUUUAUCACCAACUUCGAUUUAUCUGCAUUUCGCCACUGACAUCCACGAUGGGCCCCGACUCAACCACUCAAGACCAGGCAUCCCUUGCUCAGAAGACUUCGGUCCCUACCACUCUGAUAUUCGAUGGUCAGCAAAUAGCACUGGAGAAUGAGCCGUCAAUACCUCUUUACCGGCUUAGCCGCAAUAUAGCCUGCAAAGUUCAGAAGCAUUGCAGCAUCAUAUUUGAACAGAUCGAGGUUGUCGAAACAAAUCAGCCUGAUGGGAAAGGUUCAAGAAUACGGCAACACCCUCAUGACCUCUAUUAUCUUGUGAACUCGCUUCUCAUGCUGCAACGUCGACACGAUACACCAGCAUGUUACCUCACCGCUCCAUCGCCUAAGGCAUUGGGCAAUAUCCAGGUCAACGUCUUUAAAACCCCUGCGCAACAUCUGGAAUUCAAAGCGAUGCUGAAUGCCGACAAAUCAGCAGAUGAUGUUCAACUAUUCAAUGCCGUUGCCCAACAGAAGAUGUUCGAAAUGAGGCCAAGGCUAAAAGGCGGGCCUUAUCAGUGGAUAGAUGCAGAUGGGCAGAUAAUUGCACAUGAGUCAAGUCAAGAAGGCGACCAUAAGCUUACAAUUCAAGUUCCGUUGCAACAAGACAUCAUGGAUGCCCUAGUAGCAUUGUGGACUUUGAGACUUUGGUAUGAGCAUAUCAGCAGUCAAUCAGAAUGACAGUGAGGAUCCUGAUACAACUCACCAGCCUUCACCAGCCUUUUAUACACUUCAUUUCAGUCCAGAUACAAAGUUACUCAGAAGAACUACUGAGUGGAUACUAUCUGUUCGGAGGUGAAUGUCAUAAUCGUUAGGGGCAAAUGAAAUGGAUAGGCAUUUCUAUAGAAUUAGAUUAUACACCGCCCGUGAACUGAUUUGCACGGCUUGCUAUUGGGGCUUCUACCGCUCAACAUCUCCUGAACUGUGUACCUCGAAUGCGACAGUCUUACUAAUGCCGAUCUGUUUCGUGUCCAUCUCAUC